AGAAAAGGAAAGCGCAGUUUCCAUGAUCUCUCGCAUUGAAACAUGCUUUUAACUUGGCUGCUGUUAUUCAUGCCAGGCGGAGUUGAAGCACAACCCGUCCAGUAUAUCGCAGUCCAAGGGCGACUGGCCUGUGCGCGAAAGCCUUUACCAAACACAGAAGUGAAGCUGUUCCAUAAGCGAUUGAUAGGAAGUACCAUUCUCGCGGUAGCAAAAACUGAUAAGGAUGGCAACUUUAAACUCGAAGGUGGAAUACCUUCUAGAUUUCCAAUGGAUGCUCAUCUGAAGAUAAAUCACACUUGCAAAGAGAAAUGGCCCUGUAGGCGAAUAGUGGACAUAAAGGUGCCUGCGCCAUAUGUUUACCGAGGAUCAGGAAAUCCAGAAUGGCUCUCAGCUGGUACUCUUGACAUGACCUUCAAAUAUCCAAAUCAAAAGCGGAUGUGCACUAUUCGACAAGAGAACAAUUGA